AUGGCUACGACGCAAGAGCUAACCGACCAGAUACGAGAGCUCCAAGCCCAAUGGGAAGCGCUACGUGUGGGUGUUUCGGUGCCACCAAGUGGUCCUCGUCUUUCCACACAGCGCAUAGCGAUUCACUUGCCGAAGUUCACUCGCGCGAAUCCACAUCUAUGGUUUGCACAAGUAGAACGUUCUUUUCGUCUGCAUGGCAUUAACGAAGAUUUUGAUAAAUUCGAUCUGGUAACAGUGCAGUUGGAAGAGGAAGUUUUGCUAGCCGUAGAGGAUCUGGUUGCGUGCCCACCGGCAUCGGAGAAAUAUGAGGUUCCCAAGAAGCGGUUACUGGAGAAGUUCGCAGAAUCUCCAGAAUCGAAGCUGCGUCGGUUGUUGCAAGGUGGAGGUACAGCAGGCUUGAAGCCAUCCGAGUCGAUUCGACCACUUCUAACAGUGUGGGAAGAAACUGAUCUGCAUAAGCUUGCGAAAAUUGCAGAUAAGAUGCUCGAGGCCAUUGGUACAAACACUACGUUUGCAGUAGCAUCAACACCACCGAAAGUACCCGACGAAGCUGUAAAUGUUGUAGCACCAGCUGGUGCCUCCAAGAAUAUCAACGAUUCGGUUCGUUUACUUACGCAAAAAGUGGACAGCUUACAGAACGAUAUCAAACGUUUACAGUCUGUCAACCGCUCUCAAAAUCGGCCACGUAGCCGUACACGUAGCCAGUCUCCUGGUCCUGGUCAACCAUCUCGGCAAACAGAUGGGCAUAGGGAUAGACUCUGUUACUACCACCAAAAGUUCGGCGAUGCUGCCCGAAAGUGUCGACCCCCUUGUACGCGUUCUUCGUUAAACUAG